AUGUUCUCCCCGAGGAGGGAGGAGGAGGAGGAGGAGGAGGAGGAGGAGGAGGAGGAGGAGAGGAGGGGAGGGGAGGAGGAGGCGGAGGAGGAGGAGGAGGAGGAGGGGGAGGAGGAGGAGGAGGAGGAGGAGGAGGAGGAGAGGAGGGGAGGAGGAGGCGGAGGAGGAGGAGGAGGCGGAGGAGGAGAGGAGGAGGAGGAGGAGGAGGAGGGGGAGGAGAGGAGGAGGAGGAGAGGAGGCAGAGGAGGAGGAGGAGGAGGGGGGGGAGGAGAGGAGGAGGCGGAGGAGGAGGAGGAGGAGGAGGAGGAGGAGGAGGAGGAGGGGGAGGAGAGAGGAGGAGGAGGAGGAGGAGGGGGAGGAGAGGAGGAGGAGGAGAGGAGGCGGAGGAGGAGAGGAGGCGGAGGAGGAGAGGAGGCGGAGGAGGAGGAGGAGGAGGAGGAGGAGAGAGGGAGGGGAGGAGGAGGCGGAGGAGGAGGAGGAGGAGGAGGAGAGGAGGGGAGGGAAGGAGGAGGCGGAGGAGGAGGAGGAGGAGGGGGAGGAGGAGGAGGAGGAGAGGAGGGGAGGGGAGGAGGAGGCGGAGGAGGAGAGGAGGAGGAGGAGGAGGCGGAGGAGGAGAGGAGGAGGAGGAGGGGGAGGAGAGGAGGAGGGGGAGGAGAGGAGGAGGAGGAGGAGGAGGGGGAGGAGAGGAGGAGGCGGAGGAGGAGGAGAGGAGGAGGAGAGGAGGAGGAGGAGGAGGAGGAGGAGGAGGAGGAGGAGGAGGAGGAGGAGGAGGAGGAGGAGGAGGAGGAGGAGGAGGAGGAGGAGGAGGAGGAGGAGGAGGAGGAGGAGGAGGAGGAGGAGGAGAGGAGGCGGAGGAGGAGGAGGAGGAGGAGGAGGAGGAGGCGGAGGAGGAGGAGGAGGGGAGGAGGAGGAGGGAGGGGAGAGGAGGCGGAGGAGGAGGAGGGAGGAGGAGGAGGAGAGGAGGAGGGAGGAGGAGGAGGCGCUCCAUUCUGGAGCCUCAUUCACUGA